AUGUCAGUCUCCAGGGCGCACCGAGGGGGCGGCGGCGGCCUCCGCGGGGCUCCCGACUCCCCGAGGUGCUCCUCCCCGCACGGCGCCGGCUCGGACGUGUCUGAGCGUGAGAACGACGACCCGCUCCUGGGCUCCGCCAAGAAACUCAGGGGCGUCAACAGCACUUACGUCAUUUCCGCCUGCAGGACCCCCGAAGGGGCGGCCCUCACCUCCAACCCUGCCGGCAGGCUGACCCUGCAGAGGAGGGCCACAAGGCACAGGGACUCUUCGCUGCUGGGGGGUGAGGUGGGAGAGGCGUCCGCGAGAAAGACAGAAACGCCUCUUAGGUUACAGCGUCGCGUUCGAGCAGAUCCCGUGGGCAGGCGGGCAACAGCUGGAGCAGAUCCCGUGGGCAGGCAGGAAACAGCUGGAGCCCAUUCCGUGGGCAGGCAGGAAACAGCUGGAGCAGAUCCCAUGAGCAGGCAGGAAACAGCUGGAGCAGAUUCCGUGGGCAUUCGGACAGCAGCUGGAGCAGAUCCCGUGGGCAGGCAGGAAACAGCUGGAGCCCAUUCCGUGGGCAGGCAGGAAACAGCUGGAGCCCGUUCCGUGGGCAGGCAGGAAACAGCUGGAGCCCAUUCCGUGGGCAGGCAGGAAACAGCUGGAGCCCGUUCCGUGGGCAGGCAGGAAACAGCUGGAGCAGAUCCCGUGGGCAGGCAGGAAACAGCUGGAGCCCAUUCCGUGGGCAGGCAGGAAACAGCUGGAGCAGAUCCCGUGGGCAUUCGGACAGCAGCUGGAGCAGAUUCAGCGACACAGAGCGUGGGAGGGGCCGCAGCCAGCGAUGGUGCCUCCCGGGCCACCAGCAGGAGCGUCGGGAUCGCCGACCACGAGAAAAGCUCCCCGGCUUCGUCUUCUGCCUCCUCCGCCGAAGACAGCGACCCCGGACUGGGGGCCGGCGACGAAGAUGGGGGCACGUUUUCCGCCCUCGCGGGGGCGCCGGGCAGCGAGACGCACGGGCGCUUCACUCACAGCACGCCCGUCCGCCCCCGGAGAGAGGCCGAGGAGGCCCGGCCCGGCCCCUCGCCCGCGAGGUCCGAGCGGAGCCCGUGGGACGAGCGAGUGGGCGCAGGAAGCCUGCUUCCCCGGGGUCUCGGGAAAGAGGCUGGAAAACACACAGGCGCGCCUGAAAGCUUAGGAAGGGGGACGCCCGUGAGACGGACCACAGAGCACACGCCUCGUCCUCGGAGCGCGGCGCUGUCCGCCCUGAAACGCAGGACGCCCGGCGCCCAGGGCCAGCAGAAUCCAAAACGCACCCUCUUCCCAAAUAAGAGGGAGGGGUGUCACGAGCACACGCUCCCUCCCGGGGAGGAGGCCUGCACCCCGAGGGGCCCCCUGAAGGUGGAGAGCAGCCAGGUGACCGUGGCCGUCCGCGUGAGGCCCUUCAGCAAGAGGGAGCAGGAGGAGGGCGCGGCCCAGGUGGUGUUCCUGGACGGGGCGGACAUCGCCGUGCGGCACCCGGCCCUGCGGCAGGAGUUCCGCUUCCUGUACGACGCCGCCUUCUGGUCCUUCGACCGGGGCCACCCGCGCUACGCCGGCCAGGCCGCCGUGUACGCCGCGCUGGCCGCCCCGCUGCUGGCCCGCGCCCUGGAGGGCUACAACGCCUGCCUCUUCGCCUACGGCCAGACGGGCUCCGGGAAGUCCUACACGAUGAUGGGGUUCGGGGAAGAGCCGGGCAUCAUCCCGAGGUUCUGCGAAGACCUUUUUGCUCAAGUGGCCAAAAACCAGACCCAGGAGGUCAGGUACCACCUGGAGAUGAGCUUCUUUGAAGUUUACAACGAGAAGAUCCACGACCUGCUGGUGGGCAGAGGGGGCAGCAGGCAGAGGAAGGAGCCGCUGAGGGUCCGGGAGCACCCCGUCUCCGGGCCGUACGUCGAAGCUCUGGCCGUGAACGCGGUGGGUUCCUACGCGGACAUCCAGGGCUGGCUGCAGCUGGGGAGCAAGCAGCGGGCCACGGCGGCCACCGGCAUGAACGACAAGAGCUCCCGCUCGCACUCGGUGCUCACCCUCCUGAUGACCCGCACCCAGACGGAGCUGGUGGACGGGGAGGAGCACGCCCACGCGGUGACCAGCCGCAUCAGCCUGGUGGACCUGGCGGGCAGCGAGCGCCAAGGGCCGGCGGGCACCAGCGGGCAGCUGCUGAGGGAAGGCGUGAGCAUCAACAAGUCCCUGCUGACCCUGGGCAAGGUCAUCUCGGCGCUGGCCGAGCACGGGGGCCGCCGCAGAGCCUUCAUUCCGUACCGGGAGUCCGUCCUCACGUGGCUGCUGAAGGAGAGCCUGGGCGGCAACUCGAAGACGGCCAUGAUCGCCACGGUGAGCCCGGCGGGCAGCAGCCUGGAGGAGACGCUGAGCACCCUGCGCUACGCCCGCCAGGCCCGCAGCAUUGUCAACGCGGCCCGCGUGAACGAGGACACGAGCGCCCAGCUCGUCCGCGAACUGAAAGCAGAAAUCGAGAAGCUGAGAGCCGCUCAGAGGAGCCGUCAGCACAUCGACCCCGAGCGGUACCGGCUCUGUCGGCAGGAAAUCACGUCCCUACGGAUGAGGCUGCACGAGCAGGAGCGCGCCAUGGUGGCCAUGCAGAGAGCGUGGAAAGAAAAAUUUGAGCAGGCUGAAGAAAGAAAGCAUCAUGAGAUCAAGGAGUUACAGCGAGCGGGAGUGACCUUCCAGGUGGACAGCCGCCUGCCCAACCUGGUGAACCUGAGCGAGGACCCGCAGCUGUCGGAGGCGCUGCUGUAUGUGCUCCAGGAGGGCACCACCGCCGUGGGCCAGCGCGGCCCCGGCGCCAGCCCCGACAUCCAGUUGGCCGGCGCGCUGGUGGCCGACCGGCACUGCACCAUCAGCAACGUCGGCGGCGCCGUGACCAUCGCCCCCGUCGGGGAGGCCAGGACGUACGUGAACGGGAGGCGCGUGCUGGGGCCCACCGAGCUGCACCACGGCGACCGCGUGGUGCUCGGGGGCGACCAUUACUUCCGGUUCAACCACCCGGCGGAGGCCCGCAGCGGGCAGAGUGCGCCCGGCGGAGGCGCCCCGGCCGGCGAGGGCCCCACGGACUUCGAGUUCGCCAAGAACGAGUGGCUGGCAGCCCAGCGGUCGCAGCUGGAUGCGGAGGCCCGGGAGGCGCAGCUGCGGGCCAAGCAGGAGAUGCUGCAGGGCAUCCAGGUGGCCAAGGAGGUGGCGGAGCAGGAGCUGUGCAGCCAGCGGGCCGCCUUCGAGGGCCGGAUCGAGGCCCUGCAGGCCGAGCUGAAAGAAGAGUCCCAGCAGAAGCAGCUGCAGGAGGUGAGCACCCAGAAGGCCCAUCUGCGCAUCGAGGAGCUGGAGCGGGCGAGGGAGCGGCUGGAGCAGGAGGUGCAGGCCAACCGGCGGCGCCUGGAGCUGGAGCGGCUGGCAGCCCAGCAGGCGCUGGAAGGCCACAGCUUGCGCCACACGCGGAUCCUGGAGGCGCUGGAGGCCGAGAAGCAGAAGAUCGCCCAGGAGGUGCAGGCGCUGCAGCGGGGCCCGGGCGGCCGGGGCCGGGGCCCCCCGGCGGCGACGAGCUGGGGCUCCCUGAAGCUCUCGCUCAUGAUCCAGGAGGCCAACGCCCUCAGCAGCCGCACGCAGGGGCGGUACGUGUUCGGCAGACACGAGGCGCCGGACGGAGGGCGCGGCCCCGGCCCCUGGGUCCGCGUGCGGAACCUGCGGCUCGGCGUGGCCGCGCUCUGGAGCCGCGAGAAGUUCGAGUCCAAGCUGGCCGCCCUGAAGGAGCUGGACGAGAGCGCCGGCAAGUGCGAGGACCUCUUCUGCGACCCCGAGGACCAGUGGGAGCCCGACCUCACGGCCGCGCCCGCCGCCGCCCUGUCCCGGAGGAGGCUCCGGGGAGCCGCCGGGCGCCCUGGGCUCCGGCUCGGCGGGGUCCGCCCUCCCCGGGAUCUGCCGGGAGCUGGUCGGGGCGGCCCUGGCCGUGCUCGGGCGGAGCGGCGAGGAGGACACGGCGGCGGACGGCCUGCUGGAUGGUCUUCGGCAGGUGCACGGGGCGCUGCUGGCGCUCGCCCGGGCCCACGCUGCGCAGGACGAGGACGGCCCCGGCGACCUGUUCUCCGCGGACCACGCAGCCCAGGCGCGGGCGGUGCAGGUGGCCUGCGCCUUCGGGCAGCUGGCGGCGCUGGCCCCGCUCUGGCCGGGGGACGCCGCGCCCGGGGCCCCCGCGGCCCGGCUGGGCGAGGAGCUGCGGCAGGAGGUGGAGAAGCUGGGCGGCUGCGUGCAGCUGUUCCUGCAGGGCUGCUCCUCGGACAUCCCGUCCAUGGUGGCCGACGCGCAGGAGAGGGCCGCCCGGGCCGUGCGCCGGGCCGUGGCCUGUGUGGGGCAGCUGGCCAUGCUGAGCGGGAGCCGGCUGCGUCUCCUGGACCCCGGGGCCUGCGGGGGCGCCGGCCUGCAGGAGGACCUGGCGGACGCCCUGUGGGACGGAGUCGGCGCGGGCCUGAGGCUGCUCAUCGACUCCGGGCUGGAGCGGGCGGGGGCGCUGCUGCGCCAGCUCUCCGGCCUGCGCCCCCCGAGCGAGGACGCCGCGGCGACGGGGGCGCCCUCCGGACCCGCGUGGACAGGCUCUGCGUCUUGGCCGGGGACGUCGGCGCCGACCGCUGCGCCCGGAGCCUCGGGGACCUGGCGGCCGCGGCCAAGGCCCUGCUCCUCGGCUUGGAGGCCGGGGACGGCGCCGCCCCCUGGGGACCCUGGGGCCCGCGCCAUCGGGACCGCGCGGAGGGCCGCCGGCCGCCCGGGGCCCGCAGGACCGGCCCCGCCACGGGCAGGGGCGUCCCCAAGCGCGUCUACACGCUGCCCGCCCGGCCGCCCAGCUCCGGGGGGCGCACGCCCGGGGGCACCCAGUGGGUGUGA